ACCUGCUCUUCCCCAGGGAUGUGGCUGGGUUCCCUCCGAGUGGCUGGGGCUGCACACACACCAUGGGCAGAGGCACUGCCACCCUCGGUGCCCUGCCUGUGGUGCCUUGAUGGGACUACACGGGAAAGGAGAAAUUACAUGAGCACCUCCCCUGACCCCCCAUAAUGGGGCAGCAGCUGGCAGUGCCCGACCCUGGCUGGGCUGAGGUCAGACAGCUGUGUUGGGGUGUUCCCCACCUGAAAGUACCGUCACAGGGUAUUUGGAUAUUUCUCUCGCUGUACAUGCCUUGCCCAGCUGACUUUCCCCUGGGAAUGAGAGUAUUUCCACCUCAGCAUGUCCAAGCUUUUGGUGCUUUCCUGUUUGCACUGGAGAUUGAGUAUCCUGGGGCACAAGUGAUUGUCCUGGGCUCGGCACAGGGUCCCUCAGACCUCAGCUCACACCUACUACCCCCUUGGGGCUGGAAAGAGGGUGGCAAAAGUGACCCCAUAAAGAGGAGGAGCAGCCUCCCCUGGGGAGGGAAGGGAUGGCAGCCCACAUUUCAAAGCCACCCAUGGACAAUUUGGGAAUAGGAUGGCCAAGCCUGCACAAGACCAAGGAAUGGAGGACACACACAUCUCCCAGGAUGGGUCCCACCACACCAAGGACUACCUGCCAGAUAGGAACUCGCUCCGAAGUCCCCAAAGCCAAAAGAAGGAUGAGGAGGAAGGAGACCAUCGCUACUCCUACAGGGUGCCCCCCAACCCUGUUUCUGCUCCCUACCAUCCAGAAGAGAUUUUUUUUGUUCCUUCUCAGUCUUUGAAGGUCUCAUUCUUUGUCCAUCUAAAGGUGAACCAGGAGGUUUGAGAAAAGGAUCAAGUGCAAUCCAGAAAAGAUUUCUCUGUGGUAAUCCCUGGAGCAGUUGCACUGUAGAGGACGGCAGAUGAGUGCCUCAGAAGGUGAGGUGAGCAACAUGAAGAGUCAAGAAUAGGCAGGUAUUUUGCCCAUAGAAACUUGAGAAGAGUCAGCCUGGGAAGGCAGAAAGGCAGUGGAAAUGAUGCUGUGCUGAGCCUCAGGGACAGGACUAUGGUUUCCUGUGACAUAAUCAGCAGUAAAGGGGAACAAUUUUUUCGCAUAAAUUAAUAUAUUCAUGUAUUGGAGUAGAUUGACACGGAUUUCCAGGAUUAAGUGCUUAAUGAAUUGAAGUGAGGAGGUAAACCCCUGCAAACAGACUCACAGAUUGAACAUAGCAGUCCUGCAGAGAAUCCCUGCUCCACACUGAUGGACACUGCAAGGGUAAGAGUGACUCUCUGUGCUCCUAUUUAGCCAUUUUCUUCCCCAGAUUCUGCUGCCAGCCACUGCUUUGGGGACAGCACUGAAGCUCUGCAGAAGGUCCAGCGCUGAUGCAAUGUGUGCUGUGCAUGGGUCAGCUGUGAGCGGCAGAAAAGCUCCUUGCUUCAAAAAAAUAUAGGGAAGUGAGACAGGCAUGAGGAGCCUCAGCUCACACCCUCAGUGUGAGGGUGUGACCUGACCCUCAGCCUGCAACCCAGCUGCUCUAGGAGCCAUGUCCACCAGCCUUCUCUCCUUGUUUAUUAUUUUGUUCAUUGUUGUAUCCCACGGUGUAAGCAAGCUGCAAAUGUCCUUCUCAGAGGAAGGAACCCAACCUCCUUUGGCUCGCUGCUCCUUAUGCAAACGCAUCGCAUUACUCUUGGGACCGUAUUCAAAACAGCCUCAAUAUGCAUCUGGGCUCCUUAGGGCUGUCACGAAGUUCUUGUGAUGAUUAAAAGCAGGAACACAGCCACAGUUGUUAAUCAUUGUAGAUGAGAGGUUCUUGGAGCUUUUCUGUAUCUCAGGAUGUUCUCACAUGCCACUGAACCCAUCUAAGGACAAAGCCUCAGGGCGGGGUCAGGAUGGGAUUGAGCCUGGGGUCAAGGACCAUGCCCAGAGGGGUACAUGGGGCUGAUCCCAGAGACAUAGGCUGUGCCCAGGAGGAGGGACAGAAUUGGGCUGAGCCCUCCCGGUAACGGUGAUGUUCGAGGGACAGAGCUGAUUCUGGGGCCGGGGCGGUGCCUGAGAGGCCGGGCUGGAGCUGCUCCCGGCCAAAAGGACCGUGCCUGUGGGGUGUAGAUCGGUCCGGUCCCGGGGCGGAGGCAGCAGGAAGAUCUGAGUCCGGGUCCGGACAGCCGCAGGACACGGAGCCCGGUGUCCCGGCCGGGUGGGCCGGGGCGGCGGUGACUCAGCCGGGAGAGGCGGGCGAGGAGGAGGCGGGGGAGGAGGAGCGGCAGGAGCCGCCGCCGCUGCCGAGCCGCUCACCUGCCCGGCUCCGCCAUGGCCCGCCGCCUCGCCGUCCUGCUCCUGCUCCUGGCCCUCGGCUGCCUACUGGGCAUCCUCCUCCUCCUCCUCGGCUCCGGGAACACACGGGGCCCGCCGGGCUUCAAGUAUGGCAUCGUGCUGGACGCUGGGUCAUCCCACACCGCCAUGUUCAUCUACAAGUGGCCUGCAGACAAGGAGAAUGACACCGGCGUGGUCAGCGAGCACAGCAUGUGUGAUGUGGAGGGUCCUGGCAUCUCCAGCUACAGCUUGAACCCUCCGGCAGCCGGGACAAGCCUGGAGCACUGCCUGAACCAGGCCCUGAGAGAUGUGCCCAAGGAGAAGCACGCGGGCACCCCGCUUUACCUAGGUGCCACGGCUGGCAUGCGCCUGCUCAACAUUGCAGACCCACACGCGUCAGACGCUGUCCUCAGAGCUGUAGCAGCCACACUGAAGAUGUACCCCUUUGAUUUCCGGGGAGCAAAGAUCCUGUCAGGGGAAGAGGAAGGGGUCUUUGGCUGGGUCACCGCAAACUAUCUCCUGGAGAACUUCAUCAAGCGUGGAUGGCUUGGAGAAUGGAUCCAGCCUCAGAAGAAGACCCUGGGGGCCAUGGACUUUGGGGGUGCUUCCACACAGAUCACCUUUGAAACCAGGGACAUGAUUGAAAACCCCAGAAACAAGAUGAUGCUAAAGCUGUAUGGCCAGGCAUACCAAGUCUACACGCACAGUUUCCUCUGCUAUGGGAGGGACCAGGUCCUCAAGAGGCUGCUCUCCAAGCUCCUCCAGGCUGAGAGCUACCAAGCAACUGUCUCCCAUCCCUGCUGGCCUAUGGGCUACAACAAGAGCCUGUUGCUGAGCAGCAUCUAUGACAGCCCCUGCACAGAGAAGGAGAGGCCAAGCCUUGCCUUCAACACCACUGUUACCUUGGUCGGCACUGGGAUUGGGAGCCUCUGCGCUCUGCAUGUCAGCAAGCUCUUUGACUUCACCAACUGCUCCUUCUCCCACUGCUCCUUUGAUGGCGUUUUCCAACCGAAGGUUUCAGGAAACUUCAUUGCCUUCUCUGCCUUCUUCUACACGGUGGACUUCAUCCAGACCGUGAUGGGAAGACCCGUGCACCUGCCCAGUGACCUGAAGGAUGCUGCAGAAACUGUCUGUGCCACCAGCUGGAGUGAGCUGCUUCAGAAAGCCCCCAAGCUGGAGAAGAGGCUGCCAGAUUACUGCGCUGUCAGCAUAUUUGUAUAUUUGCUCACCACCAAAGGCUACAGCUUCAACAACCAUUCUUUCCCCAACAUUGCGUUCCAGAAGAAGGCAGGAGAAACCUCCAUUGGCUGGGCCCUGGGCUACAUGCUGAACCUCACCAACAUGAUUCCAGCAGAGAAGCCCUCAUUCCACAAAAGCAUGUUGUACAACUACUGGGUCAUCCUCAUCCUGCUCUUCGUGGUCACCACCCUGACAUCACUGAUGACUGCCAUCUGCCUGUUCCGGUACAGUAAGUCCAGCAUAAUCUGAUGGCAGGGACAGGGUGGGCCACAUCUGCAGGACCACUACCAUCCUACCUGCUGGAGGCUCCAUGGUCUGAAUGCCUGGGAUGUGGCAAGUGCUCAAUGUCCUCCAAGGCCUGACACCGUCCCAGAAGGAAAGCUGUCCCCUUUUGCCCUUCCCCUUGCCCUCAAGCUGCAGGAAAGGAAGGACAGAAGAGGAUCACUGGCCCUGUGGGAGAAGGGCUUAAAUGUUUCCCAUUACUGCUCAGGGAUGAACCCUGAGCAGGCUUGGGAAUGGGACAUUCAGAGCUAGGACAUCUUUUUGCCACCAGAGCUGAGUUGAACUGGGCCAAUGAGCCCAAGCAACAACAGGAUUCAUUUACAUGUGUAUGUGUAUGAAUGGAGAAUAUUACUUACACAAGUCCUUAUAGCUGACCUCACUAGCCUGUCCCUGGAGCAUCAGCCCUGCCUUCUGGGGAGCUCUGGGCAUCAUCCAUGUUGUUUUUCUGGCUGACACACAAAACCCACUGACCUUCCUGAAAGCAAGGUCUUGGCCUUAGCCAUUGGCCUCAGCUUUGGGUAAGGACUUAACAACAACCAGAUGUAGGAAGAUGGCAGCUUCCAGGUCCCACUUCAGCAACCAUACAUGGUGCCUUCACUAUUCCCAUGGUUCCUAUGCCAGACUUGCCUUUGCCACAGCCAGAGACUCCUGCACACCCCGGUUCCUGCAGCUCCGUGGUGCAUGGCUAUGCUGGCACAGAGCUGAUGGGCUCCAGCACUGUGGGGCUUUGCUCUGCACUGGGAUUUGAGCCUGGAUCACCCUGCAUCAGGCAGCUGGGAGGAUGCAUCUUCAUUUCUAAUUGAGUAAGGACAUGGAUGUACAAACAAGAAGAAGGUUUGGUUUUGUUUGUUUGAGGUUUUUUAAUAAUCUGAAAUAAACGUUUGUAACCACA